AUGAGUGACGACGGGUCGGACGGUUCCGACGAAAGCUCUUCCAGACCAUCCUCUUCUCGAUCCAGAUCACGCUCACGUUCAGGUUCAGGUCGAUCGUCAUCGUCCUCAGGUAAAAGUCGGCGAAGUGCUGGUAGCAGUCGAGGUAGUGAUGGUGGAAGUGGUCCUUCCUCGAAGAAAAGUAAAAGUAGAAGCAUCGACGCAAGUAGUCAAUUGACCAAAGCUGAGACAUACCUAAAAACCAUCACCGAUGAAAGUAUUCAAUGUACCGAUUUCGAUACUGCUGUCUCGGCUGUGCGGACCUUAACGGAUAUGUCGACAUUUUGUGAAGCGUUGAAAGAGAAAUGGAUGAAACAGAUCAAAGAGCUGAGACAGAAAGAGGAUCGGACCAAGAGCGAACAUGAAAAAACGGUUGAAAGUCUAAUCAACCCUAGUACGGCUCCUGCUUCCGACACAGUUAGUACAGCAAGUACGGAUCUUCCUUCUGAAGGGAAGACGGUUGGUACGGCUAGUGCGGAAAGUGCCAAGGCGGAUGAGGGGAUGAAGUCCGAAGGAGAGAAGGAGGAGAGCAAAGUUGGGGAGAAGAAAGAUGACGGUGGUGAGAAGAAAGAGGAAGCGAAGAAAGGUGAAGGUGGCGAAAAGAAAGAGGAAGAAAAGAAAUAG